AUGGCGGUUAUGAAGGAGGCGAUGGAAAAGGUCCUUACAAGCCCAGAUAUGAUCGAGAAGUAUAAGGGGGCGGAUGGUCAAGCCGGACCAACCGGACCAGUCGGACCGCAAGGUUUCGUGGUCCAGUCUGGAGAUUGGAAACCGGCGGAAAUUGGAUUCUUCGACCCCUUGCUUAAGAGUCCUGACGGGGUGUUGGUCGCGAAGUUUAAGCCGGAAAGAAGUGAGGUUUUGAAUGAGCUUGAUCACGCAUCCUUCGGAUGGCCACAGAUCCGUGCCGGGAAGAGUGUCUGCGGUCAUGCUUACAACAUGGUGCGGUUGCUUAAAGCUCUUGGAACGUACUCAGAGGCUGACCAAGUCUUACGCAUUCUUGACUUAAUGGAUGCGGGAUUAGCCCGUGACUUGUUGCCGGCGGAUGUGAGUCUGAGCACCUUUAUAACGAAGCUUGAUUCCUAUGAGAGAACCUGGAAACGACAGAGCGCCGAGCGUACGUCCCGGAUCGCUCAACCAACUGCCUCGACUAACCGGAAGCCCAGGAAGGCACUAGGAGCACUACCAGCUGCGAAUGAGGUCUAUAACCAGAGCAGGCCGCAUAGCGGUCGGGAAGCCAGACUACCCCCUGCGGACCAAACCCCCCAGGCGCCAACCGAUGGCAUCUCCAACUCCGGCAAUGCGCAAGCUACAAGUUCAAGUGAAUUCGGCGGCAAAGAAGCCACGGUCAGCACAAGGAGCUGCCGGAAGAACCCUCUCGGCGGUCCACGUGCCAAUCGAGGGCACCUGGACUAG